CUGAGCCCAGCGCACAUUUGGGUAUAUCGUUAUAGGGGUAAGGCAGUGCAUUCAACACACGCGGGUUAUAAGUAGCUGCAAUGGCAUAAGUAGCUACAAUACAAAGCAGGCCGAUCAGAUGUUUUGUAUUGUGUAUAUUUGGAAUUUGACAGUUCAUUCAUCUCCCGUUUCACUGAGCUUCAUCACCCAAAAGAUAACCCUAAUUAGGUCACAUGCUUUUUUCAAUACAUGGCUGUCAUCUUUAGAAAAAAAAAUACUCUUGAAGAGCUACUAUGAAUAUUAAUCGUUGUGGGAAUUGUCAUUUAAAGCACAGGCCUAUUAGACCACCGGCUUAAAAUAGACAGUUACGCACAAGCAUAAUAGUGAUAACACCAAUUUACGCAGACGCACAGUAACUGUAGCCUAAUUGGACUUGUCUGCAUUUAACUUGAAACAGAAGAACACAUUUCCCUUUAUUCAAAUUAGGAGUGGUAGUUAUUCGCAAUGUAAAGGGAAAAGGGUUUGUAUGGCCGUGACCCUUGUGACCUUGUUGGCCUCAUGCGCGUAAAAGCGCACAGGAAAAAAUCGGACGAGCGUUAAACAGAAAAGCUGUGAAUUUAAGGGCUAAUGGUAAAACAGCAUACCUAAAAGGGAGCAAUCGUGACUUAAAAUGGAAAGCAUAUCAUCAAGCGGCAUCAAAGAUACAUGAGGACAUGUUUACAUGGUAAUAUUAAGUAUGAUAAGGUCACUCUAAAUCCACUAAUCCACUGGACAAACAAUAUGGACACAUGUCUACUUAAAAGUAUUGCAGUAGCCUAACUUCUUAGGCAUGUGUAAACUAGGUUAUGUGUAUAUGAAACAAGUAGAGUGCCUGCAGCCGGAUGCCCACAGUAUAUACAAAAACAGCGUCAGAACAUAUAGGACAAAUGCGUGCCUCCAGUAUUUACGGAACAUGGAUUAGCUAUCCCCUCCCAGUUUGUCCUCACUGGGUUUAGACGUUGCCUACAGUCAGGAAAAACAAAGAUAAUCUAUAAACAAGAUGAAUCGCAAUAAAAAAAAAGUAAGACAACUCAACCAGCAGGUCCGGUGUGCAGGAACUUGUGCAUGCUGUGCUGUAAGGUUAAAAGACACAUGUUGAUUUAGAGUUCAGAGCUGUAGAGUAUUUGUUUGCUUUAGUGGACGGUUUGUGAUCUGGUGGAACUUAGUGGAUCUGCUUCUCUUCUGGUUAUACCGGCUUGUCAGGUUAAAAAAAUAUAUAUUCUGCAAUUAUUUUCCCUUAACUGCAUCACUCCAUAAAUAUGUAAAGUUUAUGUGAAAUAUUACUAUAAUUCAAUAGAUUGUGGUAUAUUGUCCUAAUCUUGAGUUUCACUGUGACAGAUGAGUAAACUGCUUCCUGUGUUUUUACUUCCAUCUAAAGUCAGAGAGUCUGUAUUUUUAUUUUCUUAAUAAACUGUGUUUUUAUAAAAAACAAAACAAACAAACGUUGAGCUACGAGCUAAAUGAAUCCUCAGAGACACGAUAUCACGAAAAAGCGUAGGAGUGGGACCUCUGGUGAUCCCUGCUAUCUGCGGUGUAACCGGAUCAGGGUAGCAGAGGGACGUACAGGAGGCUUGUUUUCCUCCAAAUGAGCCAAUGAGACAACCUUUACAUUACACUGACAGCCUGGCUCGGCGAGUCUGGUGACGCCGCUCUGGUUUGACAACCACCCCGCAGCCAAUGCGGAUCCACGUCGAGCACGAACGGAGGGAAGCAACAAAAUACAAAUUUCCUUCCUGCAGGUCAAAGCGUUACCUGCCCGCUGCUGUGUGAUUCAGGUAAAAGGAAGCGGGAGACGCGGCGAUGGCCCUGUCUCAGUGCCUGGACGACUCACCUCUGAGGUUUGGUCCAAAACCUCGCGGGACAGACGAGCUGAACCUACAGGAAGUGUACAAUGAGAGGCACCGGCUGGCUCUGGAGGAGCUGCUGUCCGGGGGUCUUGAUAACUUUCUGGACUUUCUCGUGAGAGAGAGGAUCCCCAACUUUCUGUCGGACGAUGAGAUCCAACAGAUCAGGAGCGCCGCCGUGUCACCGCGGUGCUCGUCUUUCCACGGGGAGGAACAGGCGCUCGAGCGGUCGCUCAGUAGCACCCUGGACUGCUCCUCGGUCACUUAUUUCCCAGAGGUGUCAGACGUGGAGCCGCCGCUCCUGGAGCUCGGAUGGCCCGCCUUCACAGCAGGCUCCUACCGGGGAGUGACGCGGGCCGUGGCGCACUUCCAGCCCAGCUACGGCGAAUGCAUUUACAGCUGCAAGGAGGCUGCAAGGCGCAUGAUUAAAAGUGCCAGAGAGGUGAUUGCCAUAGUUACAGACUCCCUGACAGACCUGGAUAUCUUUAAGGACCUUCAGGAGGCCUGCUCCCAGCGCAGAGUCCCUGUCUACAUCCUGCUGGACCAGUCGUGCGUGCCCGCUUUCCUCAAGAUGUGCAAAAAUGUCAACGUUCGCCUGGAUGACCUUCGGCAAAUGAAGGUGCGAACUAUAACCGGCACAACUUAUUACAUGAGAUCUGGAGCGAGGAUUACGGGUAAAGUUCACGAGAGGUUCAUGCUGGUUGAUGGAAACAGAGUGGCUACAGGUUUCUACAGGUUCAACUGGACUGAUGGCAAACUAAACAGCAGCAACCUGAUUGAGCUUUCUGGUCAGAUAACGGAGAAAUUUGACGAGGAGUUUCGUAUCCUAUAUGCCCAGUCUCUACCCAUAAACACUCACGGACCUCCAAGUGUCCGCAACAGCGGCAUCUUUGAGCACCUCAAACACUCAGUUGCUUCCUCCCCUCACCUGCGUAGUGAGAGGCCAGCGUGUCUGACAAGCACGCCCAGCCGUAAGCCACAAACGCUAGCAUUGCAGCUACCUUGUGACCCCGCAUCUCCACAUAAAGCCAGCCCAGAGUCUGACACUUCGACUCUAAACGACGAGUGGAUGGAGCGGCAGCACGUUCAGGAGGAGAUCCUUGCUGGCAGCACGACUCCACAUUUCUCUGCAGAGCAGCAACCAGAAAAAGAGACGGAGACCCCCAGCACCUGCCACGUGUCGACUCAGACGAGGCGGUCGGUGACGGAGGCUGAAAGCCAGACCGACCUGCAGCUCCCGCAGCAUCUUAGCAUCAUUACUCAAGUAAGCAGAGGGCCGAGCCAGGACACCUCUCCCCACUUGGUGUCUUCCAGACAGCCCGUGCCCACCCAGGCAGCUCCAGACACCACUUUAAAGGAUUGCUUCCGCAAGCUGACCAAAGAGCGCCAGCACCACUACGCAACCAUCCGCUCCAAGCUGGAACACAUGGUGACCGCCCUGUCCGAGAGGGGGGAACUGGUGGACGUCACCAACGUGACUCAGGGGCUUGGCGCUCGUGGCAGUCAGAGGAUACACAAAGACUGUGUGCAGGAACCCAAUCCCAGAAUGCCUGCUGACAGUGCGGGCAUGGGAACAUGGCCAAGAGCCAGAUGUGUACACUAGUUUGUCUUCGGGGAUUUUAGUGGUGGUGGAAAUGUUACAAAGUUUCUCUGUGCUAAAUAAAUCAUGUUGGCUUAUGUAGGAGAAUUUCAGCUUUAUUCUCUUUGUCUAAUUUUCUGCAGUGCCCGUUUUUUUUCCUCCUUCUUUUCAUCCUUUGUCCUUCCGAUGUUGAAACAAUCCUUUCCAAAGAGGUAACAGACCUGCAACUGACAUCGACGUGGCAGAAAUUCUAACCAAAGACAACGUAAUAAGCGUGUCUUACUGUGAAUAUUGUAACACUGAGCUGUUUAAAAUGGAGUCAUAUCUGCUGAAGUGUGAGAGAAAACGAAUAUAAGCACUGGUGUUUUUUUUUUGUUUUGUUUUGUUUUUUAAACUCAAAUUUGUCUGCUGUAGUUACAUUGGAACAUGAUCCUGAGGAGCAGCUGUGCCUUGCAGAUAAAUAAAGUAGUAUUUUGCUGUA